CUUCCUUAAUCCUUACACAGACAAGAAGAGAAUUCGAGACCUCUUAUCCUUUUGCUAGGCAAACAGAUACAGCUUAGCCAUGGAGGGUAUGGUUCAAAGUUCAGUGCCUCAAUAUUCGAAGCCAUUCCACAGCUUAACCAGAAGAAACCCAACAGUGGUAACAUCAGUUCGAAUAACAGCAAUACAUAGCGGGAGAAGACUGAGAAUUCCACAACAGAGCAGCAGCUCUCACUCAUUUCUGCCUUCCAUUUCUUCUCCAAAGGUUGAAGGUGGAACAGUUUCUUUUGCAACGCCUGAGGUGGGAGUUAGCAAUACUGAAACGCGUGAAUGGGCCAUGCAAGGUAAAGCUGUACUAUUUACCAUGAUGCUAAAUUGUUGUCUUCCGUGUCUCGAAGAAAUAGUAUAAUGAAUUGUUGAGUUU